AUGCUCUCGUCAUCCGAUUUCCCCGCGCUGACGGCGCAGCCUCCACAGCCGUCUAUCACCGCUACCUCCGAGCAGCUCCUAGAACAGCCCUAUGAGGAUACGGACAAUAAGGCGGCGGAGAGGGCAGCGAAGCAGGCCGAGCGUGCUGCGGAGAAAGCCAGGCUUGCUGCGGAACGGAAGGUUUCAAAGGAAAAGGAGAAGGCGGGUAAAAGGGUGGAGAGGGAGCGGUUGGCGCAGGAGAGACUAGAGAAUGAGAGGGAGAAGGCGCGGGAGGAGGCCAAGGCGGAGAAGUUGCGGUUAGAGCGCACCAAGGCUACUAUGGAGAAGUUGAGGCUGGAGAAGGAGAGGACGAGGCUGGAGAAGGAAAAAGAGAAGGAGAAGGAGAAGGCGGCGCAGUUGGUAAGGGUCAAGGCCAACGAGGGGAAGAGGGCAGCGGCAACACUCAAACAAGUAGGCCUCCAAAACGCUGCACAGGUAGGACAGGCAGCUCCUUUUGUGUCUCCUCGUAAGGGCUCCCGACAACCCUCGAUCACCAGUAAAACACUUUCAGGACCCGCCCUUCCUGCACCAGAGCUUGUCAGUCAAGGCCCCCUCCUCUCCAAGAUGCCCAAAAAGAAUCGACCCGUCACAAAACCUAUACGCAUCCCAAAAGAGGAGGAAUCGCUUACCGAACCCCCUUCGGCUCUUGCCUCCGCGGCGACCUCGGAGGCACCUCAGCUACCGAUUGGGAGGGGAGGCAGCAUGAUGGACACGAACUCGGCUUCUUCAAGAGGUCAGUCGAUGGAGAGGACGCCACCUAACGAGCGCACAUCGGUCAAAGAGCUACUCGAGGAGAUCGAAUUGCAAAAUCCGUCCCUGAACCUAGCAGAGCACCCCUUUUUCGACCUACAGAAGAUCAACCCUGCUGCGAAGAUGCCUCUGGAGUAUGGGCCAUUGGUACAUGCGCUAUCCGCUCUUUCGGUUGGCGGAGGCUCGUUCGCAAACAACAUGCCGUCUGGAUCGAUUGAUAACGCAGUAUCGUCGUUCCAGCAAUUGCUAGAGACGCUAACGCAGACCAUCUCCGAUCUUCUUCGGUUACUUCCUCGCACAACAUGGGAUGACAGCUCCUCUUUCGAUGGCGUCCUUCGCGACAUGCUCAAGGGAGACGACUUCUUGGAUGAAGGAGGUGAGGAGGGCAACGGCAAAGACGAAGUGGCUGCUCUCACCCUUGCGCUUGAACGCCGUGCGCGCUGGAUGGAGGUGCAACUAUCUAAGCUCGAGGAGCUACACCGCGAUAUCAACACCGCGGCGGUGCGAGCUGUGCUGUCGUUCAAUGACAACGGUUGGGAUCCACAUGGUUUCGCUCCUCGCAUGGGCAAUACAUUGCAGAAGUUCGAUUUGUUGGGCAUGGUAAGCGAAGGCGCAGUCUACAGGCCGAUGAUGGUAGAUGAGCUGGAGAAGAAGCUGGUAGUGGCGAAAGAGGCGGCUGUGUUCGCAGAGACCGAGGUGAGGGAGGCGAUGGAGAAGAUGCAGGAACUCAAGCCAGUGGACUUAGAUUAUUACUGA